CAUAUGAAUCAUUUGACAGUUCCAGAAAAAAUCUUGUGUUGUGUCGCAGUUUAAUUGCGUAUAUAAAUUUUAUAUUAAUUAAUUUCUAUAAGUUAUAAAAUUAACAAAAUGUCUGUAAAUACGGCACACGCUAGUAAUGGCGUAUUAAUACAUGCUGGCGAAUAUAUAUUGUUGCACAGCGAUUCGGUUUCAAUGGAAUUCUCCGGACAGGAUAAUUCAGUUUUCAAGGGCUCAAAACAAGGACGAAUUUAUUUGACUUCACAUCGUAUUAUCUUUAACAACAAAAAACCGGCGGAUAUUUUGCAAUCCUUCAGUGCACCAUUCAUUGCUAUGUCAGAUGUUGAAAUUGAGCAGCCCGUUUUUGGUGCCAAUUAUAUAAAAGGCAAAGUACGUGCUCAACCGAAUGGUAACUUUGUUGGGGAGGUCAAAUUUAAGUUAUACUUCAAAGCAGGAGGCGCUAUCGAGUACGGACAAGCGCUGUUACGAGCUGCAGCAACAGCUCAAAGCAAUGUGCGUCAGGGUCUAUUCAAUGAUGAUCCUCCACCAUAUACGCCAUCUGGAGCUUGGCACGAAGCACCACCACCAGCCUAUCAGCCACCGCCUGGUUAUUAUGGUUGGCUGCCGGCUCACACAGCUUUCACAGGUCCGGCACCAAACUCAGUUUUUGUAAGCGAUAAUCCGCCUCCUUAUCCUGGUAUAGCUGGACCACCUGCUUAUAAUCCGAAUCACCAGCCUAAUUAUCAACCACAACAGCCACAGCAGCCACAGCAGCCACAACAAUAUAACAAUGAACAACCAAGCUGGAAUGGAUUUUCAUUGCCACCAGCACAACAACCUCAACAGCCACAACAACCACCACAUAAUUGGGGCGCUGGCUUUCAGCCGCCACCAUAUGGUGCACCUGGUUACGGAGCACCACAGGCAGGUGGGUUCGCGAUGCAACCUGGUGCUCAACCACCACAGCAAGGUGGUUAUCAUGGAGGCUAUCCAGGUCAACAGCAGCCUUCAGCACCAGGAGGUGGAUAUCAGUAUCCACCCGGUGGCGCACCAGCAGGUGCCGCUGGCAGUGUUAUGGGUUUCAGUGCACCACCACCAAAUUCAAAAGAAGCUGAAGCUAUGGCAAGUGCCUAUAAUACACCUUAUAACCAACACGGUAAUAAUCCUGGACCUAGUGAUAUGCCGCCUUCUUAUAACGAUUUACCCCCAAAUUAUGAUAGCUCCCGAAAAAACCAGUAAAAAAUGAUCGAAUUACAGAAUUAAAUCUGAGCUUAAGCUGCUUAAUAAUUAUUUUUUUUUUCAUUCCAAGUUAUUUUUAUUGUUAUUUGUAAAUCAAAUGUUCUACAAAUUGUAUAUGUCGCAUUUUUAUGUAAAGUUGAAAUAUUAUAAAUAUUAUAUAUACAA